UUUUCGCAAAUUUACUUUUUAUACAGUAUGUUGUAACGUUUCCCUAACUUUCUGCGAAAGUGUUGUGUUUUGUGAACAAUCUGACGCCGACUGAGUCAAGGCUGCACGCACAGUAGGUGGCGGUAAUGCACACACAAGGUUGCUUGCCAACCGCCAUAAAAAUCAGAAGAAGGAAAAGAAGACUGCACGCAUGCACAAUUGAAGCUGCUCCGUGAGACAAAGAAGGACGAAGGCUAACUACUUCCAGAAUCCCGAUUUUAAAGCAAUUUGGUGCGCCAUCCAUUUAUCACAAGUAUGUAUAGAAAGAGUGAAAUACGAAGCACGUUUUUGUAUAACAAUUUCCAACCUACAUGAUUAAUUUCAGACCAUUUUACGGUUUUAGCGUUGUGUAUAAAUGCGCGCCAUGCGCCGGCGCUAACUAGCAUACAUUUCUCGUGCAGGUUGGCUGUUAUAAAGUUUCCAAACUGACCAGAGACCAACGAAUGACUUCUGAAGAAGGGUGGAUUUAUUUGUAGUUUAGUUAAACAAUAAUUUGCCAUAGCAUAUUCAUGGGGAUACUGCAUGAAUUUUGACCAGAUCAAUAACCAGUAGUCAGUAUAGAAGGUCUGCUUGGAGCAUGUCUAACCAGAAGAGUGUGUGCAGACUAAGAAUAACUGACUAACUGUAUCAGGAUUCAUAAAUAACCCUUUGAUGCAGUAUUGAAAUGGUAAUAUUAUCUGAUUGUUUUCCAGAUGGCUCCUUCUUUUGUGGUCGUUGAGUUCCUUGGUGAACAUUCAGUCGCUGUUGUCCCAACCAAAUGGACAGAAGAUGAUGGAAAGAAUACCUUCUGCUGUUGGCCAAGGCCAAAUCCUACCCACUCCAGAAUCCGGAAAGCUGAGAUUCCUGACAAACAAUUCCGGGAGAGGCUGCCAAUUCGGGUUUUCAGGAAAACAUUGACUGACUUUGACAAGGCCCUUCAAUACGAAAAACAAGCUGAAAUGUUUUCGAGCCCAGAAGAAGUGCUAACCAAACGGAGCCACAUCACCCCUGAACGUUAUAGAAAUGAUGAGGAAGAUGUGUUUGAUGCUGACGAUGAAGAGGAAAUUCGGCCAAAAAAGAAGUGCAGAAAAGAGAAAACACAGAUCUUCGUCCAGGCACCCCCACUGCCAGAGCUCCCAACCUUUAACUUUCCAAUCUCCAGCGAGUACCAGACCACUUCAGCCAAUACCAGACCACUCCAAGGCAUCCAGGCUGACCUCACAGCCCAGCGAGAAGCAGCACUUCCAGGCUCAGUCCAGACAGGAAUGCAUCCAGCUCAAGCCAGUACCAGACCACUCCAGCCAGUACGAGUCAGUACCAGACCGCUCCAAGAAGCAGCAGGAACUUUUCCAGUUGAACAUGAAAGUUCAAAAUAUACUUGAGAACCAGGGAGAAAUUGUGCGCAGGCUGAGAGGGCUGGCAGCACAAUCUGUGGGGCCAGAAUCUGUGGAUGUUCAAGAUCUCAUUGAGUCUCAUCAGCCUUUCGAGACUCUUGAGCAGCUGAAGGCCUUCUGUGAACGGCUCGACACUGAUCUUCUGCUCAGAAAGCAGCUGGUGAAAGCUCCUACUGCUCUUGGUGGGCAGAAUUUGGCAGACACGGUGAGGACAAUGCUGAGGAAAAUUGCCACAAACAAUGUCCUGGAGCAGCUUGGCCUCCGUGGAAAGUCAGGAAAAGUGGCGUUUGAGGACUUGCCCCUUUACAGAAUAAUAAAUAAGGCAUGCAGGGGUGUUUACAAGCAGACGACCACAGCUGAAGUGGAUUGUGAGCUUGGAGAGGUCCUAAAACUGGCCACUUUUCGAAAGGGAGGUUCAAAAUUUGAGGAGAAAAGGAGGAAUUAAGAGGGAGGACAAAAAAGGAAAAAGAAACAAGCAAAAGAACAGAGUGAGAUGAGAGGAUUUGGGUUUCCCUGCUUGGGCUGCUGCCCCCACGACCCGACCUCGGAUAAGCGGAAGAAGAUGGAUGGAUGGAUUUACUUCCAGGAAGAGAACCAAGAAGGGGCAGGAUACACUGACGCGCACGACCAAGACCACUGCAUUCCAUUCCAUUUAUAAAUGAUAAAUGAUAAAUGGGUUAUAUGUCAAAGCGCUUUGAGUACCUUGAAGGUAGAAAAGCGCUAUACAAGUAUAUACUUGUAUAGCGCUUUUCUACCUUCAAGGUACUCAAAGCGCAAUUGACAGUAUUUCCACAUUCACCCAUUCACACACACAUUCACACACUGAUGGAGGGAGCUGCCAUGUAAGGCGCUACCAGCACCCAUCAGGAGCAAGGGUGAAGUGUCUUGCCCAAGGACACAACGGACGUGCCUAGGAUGGAAGAAGGUGGGGAUUGAACCCCAGUAACCAUCAACCCUCCGAUUGCUGGCACGGCCACUCUACCAACUUUGCC